CGAGAUUCAAGUUUGACAAGAUGUCUGAACUUGAAGAGCACUGAUAAAAAUUUUAAAAUCGAUCAGGCGUUAAACAUUGUUUAUUCAUUUGUUAUUGUUAUUCUUUGUGCCGUAAUUUAACACUAAUUUAAACCUUAGAUCGGAUUUAGUAGGUUUUCUAAAUCAAAGUUGAACAAGUUUUUUUCCUCAAUGAACCCCGUUCUGACAUGUCUUACACUGAAUUGGAACAUGGUUAUCAGGGUCUACGGAGUGCCAGUCGCCCAAUUUUCUAUGUAGGGGAUAUAAAUACUGUACAACCAACCCUUGUGGGUCCUGUUGCUUCUUCUAUAUAUCGUUCAUCAAAAAGAGCCGAACUGUCGGACGGGUGCAGCAAUGAUGAUGGAUGCAUGGUUGGGAGUGAUUUGGAGGGGGAAGGGAAGCAAGUUCUGGUUGGAGUCUGUGCGAUGGCAAAAAAGUCUCAAAGUAAACCCAUGAAGGAAAUUUUAACAAGAUUAGAAGAAUUCGAGUACAUUAAAAUAAUAGUAUUUCCUGAAGAAGUCAUUUUAAAGGAAUCAGUAGAAGAUUGGCCAAUUGUUGAUUGUUUAAUAAGCUUCCAUAGUAAAGGUUUUCCUCUUGAUAAAGCUAUAAGUUAUGCUAAUCUAAGAAAUCCUUUCAUUAUCAAUAAUUUACCAAUGCAGUAUGAUAUUCAGGACCGUAGAAGAGUCUAUGCUAUCUUAGAGAGUGAAGGCAUUGAAAUUCCAAGAUAUGCUGUCUUAGAUAGAGAUUCAUCUGAUCCUAAACAUCAUGAAUUGGUGGAAUCAGAAGAUCAUGUUGAAGUUAAUGGUGUUACAUUUAACAAACCAUUUGUGGAAAAGCCAGUAUCUGCUGAAGAUCACAACAUUUACAUUUAUUAUCCUACAUCUGCUGGAGGAGGUAGCCAGAGAUUAUUUAGAAAGAUUGGAAGUCGUAGCAGUGUAUAUUCACCCGAAUCUCGAGUCCGUAAAACAGGUUCUUAUAUUUAUGAGGAUUUUAUGCCAACCGAUGGCACAGAUGUCAAGGUAUAUACCGUUGGUCCAGAUUAUGCUCAUGCUGAAGCUCGAAAAAGCCCAGCAUUGGAUGGGAAAGUGGAAAGAGAUUCAGAGGGGAAAGAAAUUCGUUAUCCGGUUAUAUUAAGUAACGCCGAAAAACUGAUCAGUAGGAAAGUGUGUUUGGCUUUUAAACAAACAGUUUGCGGUUUCGAUUUACUCAGGGCAAAUGGUCAGUCAUUUGUAUGUGAUGUUAAUGGAUUUAGUUUUGUAAAGAAUUCAAAUAAAUAUUAUGACGAUUGUGCAAAAAUUUUGGGCAACAUGAUUUUGAGAGAAUUGGCACCUACUUUACACAUACCAUGGAGCGUUCCAUUUCAAUUAGAUGACCCACCUAUCGUGCCUACCACGUUUGGAAAAAUGAUGGAACUACGUUGUGUUGUUGCUGUUAUAAGGCACGGUGAUAGAACACCAAAACAAAAAAUGAAAGUAGAAGUUCGUCAUCCCAAGUUUUUCGAAAUAUUUGCAAAGUAUGACGGCUAUAAACAUGGUCAUAUUAAAUUGAAGCGACCUAAACAAUUACAAGAAAUAUUGGACACUGCACGCAGUCUGUUAGCAGAAAUACAACAUCGAGCUGCAGGACCUGAAUUAGAAGAAAAGCAAGGGAAAUUGGAACAAUUAAAAAGUGUGUUAGAAAUGUAUGGCCACUUUUCGGGAAUAAAUCGUAAAGUACAAAUGAAAUAUCAACCAAGAGGACGGCCGAGAGGGAGUUCAUCGGACGAUGAUCGACUUGGAGAACCAUCGCUUGUUUUAAUUUUGAAAUGGGGUGGAGAAUUAACACCAGCUGGUCGUAUUCAAGCUGAAGAAUUAGGAAGAAUAUUUCGCUGCAUGUAUCCUGGAGGUCAAGGUAGACACCUUAGUGGUGAUUAUGCUGGCGCUCAAGGUUUAGGAUUACUUCGUCUUCACUCAACGUUUCGUCACGACCUGAAAAUUUAUGCAAGUGAUGAAGGAAGAGUUCAGAUGACAGCAGCAGCAUUUGCUAAAGGAUUACUUGCAUUGGAGGGUGAAUUAACCCCUAUUUUAGUACAGAUGGUGAAGAGUGCGAAUACCAAUGGUUUAUUGGAUAACGACUGUGAUAGUAGCAAAUAUCAGAACAUGGUAAAAACACGACUACACGAGUUAUUACAACAGGAUAGAGAAUUUACACGUGAAGAUAGAGAACAAAUAAAUCCCGGAAAUGCUCUUAGUAUUAAUGCUGCAAUGGAUUUUGUUAAGAACCCUGUACGAUGUUGUCAACAUGUUCAUACUUUAAUUCAAAAGUUGAUGGAUAUUGUGCGUAUUAAAAAAGAUGAUCCUAAAACUAAAGAUGCAAUUCUUUAUCACGGUGAAACGUGGGAGUUAAUGGGACGUCGAUGGGGGAAAAUUGAAAAGGAUUUCUGUACUAAAAACAAAAGAUUCGAUAUAUCAAAGAUCCCAGAUAUUUAUGAUUGUAUAAAAUAUGAUUUGCAACAUAACAACCAUACCUUGCAAUUUGAACAUGCAGAAGAACUCUACAUUUAUUCUAAAUACCUAGCAGAUAUCGUUAUACCACAGGAAUAUGGAUUAACAGUGCAAGAGAAGUUAACAAUAGGUCAAGGUAUUUGCACACCUCUUCUUAAAAAAAUAAGAGCUGAUUUGCAAAGAAAUAUUGAAGAGUCUGGGGAAGAAACAGUUAACAGAUUGAAUCCAAGGUACUCUCAUGGUGUUUCGAGCCCCGGUCGGCAUGUUCGUACAAGGCUUUAUUUUACAAGUGAAAGUCACGUACAUUCUUUAUUAACCGUCUUACGUUAUGGUGGAUUACUCGACGUGGUGAAAGAUGAACAAUGGCGUCGAGCUAUGGAGUACGUUAGCAUGGUUUCUGAAUUAAAUUAUAUGUCCCAAAUUGUAGUGAUGUUAUAUGAAGAUCCAACUAAAGAUCCCAGUAGCGAAGAACGUUUCCACGUCGAACUACAUUUCAGUCCUGGUGUAAAUUGUUGUGUGCAAAAGAAUCUACCACCAGGGCCAGGUUUCAGACCUCAUUCUCGCAACGAAAGUAGUCAUAAUGUCGGUGAAAGUGGUGGAUCUGCUCAAGACACUAUUUCACAAUGCAGUGCUCGAAUAGAAGAAGAAGAUAUAGAAUUAGGAAUUUUGGAAGAUGAUUUUAUACAUCCACCAUUACAAUCUGAUGCAACACCACCAUUGAUGGAAACUGAUGCUGUAGAUUCAAUGAUGGAUAGUCCAACAACUAGCAGAGCUGUUGAUAUGAUGGAUCUAGAUCCUAACAUGAUGGACGAACCAUUUGACAGUGGUUUCUUGCAAAGUUCUGCCCCAAUUCCAAUAUGUGCUAGAACUGUAGCUGGCCAUGAAGCCGCAAGACUUGGUAGUCAGUUAGCUGCUAGUCAACGUCAACGACGAGAUGCAGAAAGAAGUUCGAUUGUUGAACCACGUGCCCGUAGUUAUGAUCAUCAAAGACAAGACAAGUCAGAGAAGGCUGCGGACAAGCUGCAGUAUCAGAGCUUGGACGCGGUCAACAAAGAAGAAAAGCAUGUGGCCGAGUACCAGACAAAGAAGUAUAGUCAGGCUUUGCUGCACGUGCCUACGGGAAAGUCAAUGGCUUUGCCGCACUCCUUCAGUUCACCCGAGCUGCCCGUUCCUUCAAUCGAAACCUCCACUUCGAGUUCGACACCGUUGGUGACUUUGCAUAACACCCCGCUAGCUUCGCCCACCAACAGAACAUCGGAUGUUACGGAUAUCGUACUUCCGGUCCCUGUGAUUCGACCUUCUAUAUUUUUCCGUACCAAUUUUGAAGAGUCCGCUGACGAUUCUCAGCUAUGUUUACAGAGUAAGAAAUACGGACGUUCCCAUUCAGAGAUGAUACUUCCUGGCAUCGAGUCCUGUGGUGAGUUGAGCGACCCUAUGAGAUUAUUACGAAAUAAUCUACGGUUAAAAUCUUCUUCCUUGAUGUUAUCCUUGCACGAAAGAACCUCACAGACAGGGCCUAGGAGACAGCUGGAAUCAGAGAAACGGUCCCGCUCAUUAUCUCCUUACUUAACCAAAUGUCUUUGUUAUAACUGUAAUGUUUCGGAACUGAUAUUGAAAAGCAAAGAUCUACCACCUGUGGAACGUUCCAACUUUGACACUUACUUUGUCCGUUCGCUUUCCCAUAAGUUCUUCAAUUGUUCCUGUUAUUAUAGUUUACAGGAGAAUGAAUCCAGCGAUUCCUCUUACAGUGUUUCUUUGAAUGAUAGCAAUGGAAAUUUUAAGGAGAUUCCUGACUUAGAUCUUGAUCCCUCUCCUAUGUAUCGUAAAGGGAGAUCUUCUGUGCAUUUUGAUAAACAGAGUCUUAGCUGUUGUUCCAAACCAGUGUUUGCUCAGUGUUCCAUAUGCAAGAGUCAGUUGACAAAUUGUGCUUGUAAUGGAUCUACGGUGUCUAAGGGAAAAGAGAAGUGGAGGUUCGACAGGAGCAUCAGAUCUACAUUCAGUAGUGGCAGUGUUACCGAGAAUGUGUAUAGGCCAAACAGAACAUUGUCUUGUCCCACUUUGAGUACAAUGGGUGAUAUCUUUCCUGCUGUUAAUUCACGAGUAAACAAACGUUGGUUGUCUUGUCCCAAUGUGAAUAUACAGUGGUACAAUAGCCUGAUAGAUACAUCAAAUCAUUCUAGUACGUUUUGUCAUACAACCUCUGUGCACGAUAAUGAUGUUCACGACGAUCACGAUACUCCUCGCAAAUAUAACCAUCGUCCCAAGUGUCCACGUGCACCGUUCUCCCGCCUCCAGCCUCAACGAUCCUUCUCAUCUCCAGACACACGACCUUCGAUCAUUCAACCUGACCCUACCUGCACAGCAAGGCGCCACCGUCACAGUAUCUCCGGACAGAUGAGUUAUUUCAAGCUGUUGGGCUACAACGUCAACAAGAAGCUGACAGGAUCAGCAAACAGUCUGUUCAGCACUGCAGUGAUCAGUGGCUCUUCGAGUGCUCCAAAUCUGAAGGACAUGGUGCCUCCUCAUGCGUCAGCUGUGGCUGCAAUAGAAGGUUUUGGCGGUGUACCACCAAUAAGGCCUUUGGAAACGCUUCACAAUGCAUUAUCACUGCGUCAGUUGGAUUCCUUUUUGGAGAUGAUGACUAGCGCACCCCUGUUUAGAACGCCAGCUUCUUCGCCCCCAAAAUAUCCUUCUCCUGGUGGAUCAACGCACGAGUCUGUUAAUCAAAAUCUCGGUAUCGGAGGAAUCAAUCGCGAGUACCACUCUUCCGACCUGGAAGCUGUCAGGUACCGUAAGAAAUUAAAUAAGCCGACGUUGUAUAUCACACCAACACCUAUACAGUAUAAACAGUCAAAUGAAGGAGAAUCUUGUGAUAUAAGAAAUCAGUUGUCGCCAACCAGUCCCAAUAGUACCGGAUGGAGUAGCGAACCACAGUCGUUUCUAUCAUCUGAACCGUCAUCGCCUGCGCCAACUUCAACCGGAGAGUGUAGUAUGUCCAUAAGUUUAAUUAGCAACGAAGGAGUUCAGUCAUUUAACACUGGCCCCAAAUUUCCUACAACGCCGUGUUUGGAUGUUGAUUUCAACGAAUUUUGUAUAAAUAUUGAUCAAGAUCAUAGAGAGAGCCGCGGUAGUGUAUCGUAUACAGAUUAUUAUAGUAAUGAAGAUGGUCAAAUUCGAAAAUGUGGAUUUGGUGCCGGCUUUAAUAGUAAUUUACAAAAAAUUAUGCACACUGACGACCUUCCUAUUGACAAUAUCGACGAUGAUGAGGAUCAUACAAUAACCUUGAAACAAACUGAAGAGCAGAAGAAACAAGAUGUGAAACAAAUUUUUGAACAGAAAGAUAACACUGUAAAAUCCAGCGGUGGCUACAAGAAAAUUGGAAGGUUUCUUGUUGAAAGUAUGGAAAUAGCUGAUGAAGACGUUAGAAUCAAAGAAACUGACAAUACAGAUAAAACUAAAUCAUUUGUAUCUGCAAAAACUGAAUCUACGAAUGUAGAAAAGGGGCAUAAGAGUAGAGAUAAUGCAACGGAGAUAGAGCAAAAAAAACUUCAUUCAUCAAGUUAUAAAAGGAAGAACUUCUGUCGAUCGCAAAGCGUUUCUAUGCCAAAAAUGGCCGCAUCAAAACCUGAAAUGAAUUAUAGCUACAAAUGCACAACAAAAUUAAGCUCGCUAUCAAACAUGUCGGAUCAAGAUUUGGAAAAUUGGAAGCAUAACAUGAUGGAAUCGAAAACUUUUUCUGCAGAAAAGAAAUUAGAACAGCCAAUUUUAACAGUGGCAAGUAACAUAGCAGAUAGUUCCAAUGUAACAAUAGGUUUUAAUGUACAGGAAGAGCAAAAAGAAGAAUCAUAAUCCCUGAGAAUGUUACACCUUCAAUGUUGAAGGACUCAUGAAAUUUGUUUAGGAAAUUAGUUUGAUUAAUCUGUGGAUUUUAUUUCAUUAGAUUGAUUAAAAUAGGCAAAACUUCGUACAUAGCUUUGUUGAAAAUGUGGAACGUUUCUUAAUUUAUAACUUCUUUGAUUGAUGUAUUGCAAAGGAAUAACAUGUAUUACAUAUGUACAAUUUCUUUUUGUUACUGUAAAUAGUUAAAAUACUUAAAAAUAUGUUGAAAGCACAAAUAUUAUAUAUCUACAUUUAGUCGUUUAACUUUGAUUUAAUGUUGAAUAACAUGGUCAGUCCUGUUGUAGUAGAUAAAAAAUAUUAAGAGAAAUUUUCGAAUGACAUUAAAAGUAAGAUGCAUUAAUAACAUUCCUCCUUUGAAUUGUUCAAUAUUGUACUUAUCGUAUCCGUGUAUUGUUUUUAAUGUGAUGCUUGUAUGUAUUAAUACGACAGUAUUUUUGUAGAUGAUGCACAUUCAGUGUUAAUAUUGUGGUAAGGUGUAAUUUAGAACGAAUUUGAGUCAAGGGAAAGAAUUGUUAUUUGUAAGAUUCGUGACAAACCAAAAGAUUUAAAGUAGCACUGUACUAUGAGUAGUUUGAUGUUGAAAUAUGUUGAACAAAUUAUAAAUAUUUCUCGUGACUCAACAAAUUUGAAACAUACCUCAUUUACAUAACCAAAAAAAAGGAAAGUUCUAAAGUUCCUUUCACAUUAAGAAAUAGUGCUUUUUGCCUUAUCUCAUUUGUUGAAGAAAUCAACUAUAGCAAAGUACAAGUUUGGAAGUAUUGGUAUUACAUUUUGAUAUUUAUUUUGUUUAUAGAAAAGUAUCUGCUGGUUACAGAAACUGAAUAGUUUAAUUACAAUAAUUAUGAAUUAAAUGUUCACUUACCAGUGUAAAUAUCAUGCAAAUUGAUCUGACAAAAUAGAACAUGCUAUUUUUCUUAUAAAUAUUUUUAGAAUGCUUCUUCGGAAAGACAUAAUAGUUGAGAAUUUCAUAGACACAACUGUGGUUUUAUAUUAAUCUCAACUGUUCAAGGUGCUAUACGAAUAAACAUCAUUAUGUUCCUAACUAAUUUUAUAAUUGUAUCGUUAGCAAUAGAACCUUGUAUAAAUUA